AUGAAGACAAAACCCGACGGAAGCUCCAAGAAGACAGAAGGAAAUUCAAACAUCGAAGACGGUGGCAAUUCCGCCGCGCACGACGAUGACGAAAUAGAGUACCAGAACCUAGAAGAGAACACGCAGACAAGUGAUGAUGAUAGCGUGGAUGAAUCGAAUUUGGACUUUGGAAGUUUAAACAGAGCAACAUCAAAAGAUGACCUUGAUGUAUUCUCUGGCACGGGAAGCAAUGAUUAUCUUGAUGAUGAGACAGACUUAUCGCUUGCAUUUGAGAAUAUGGAUCUUGAUGGAUUCAGCUGUAAUACUAAACCUUACGACUUCAAUAAACCGGAUGAAAUAGAUGCAGAUGAUAAUAGCGAAAUGGAAUCAUCAUCAGACGACCUUUCGGAGUUCGACGUGGAAGAUGACGAGGAAGACUUUGGUCGUAUCUUCAGUGAUAAGGAGAAUAUGAACAUACUCCGUAAUGUGAUACAACAGGUCCAACUCCCGACAUGGAUUGGUCGCGUGCCCAGAGGGAUUGGAACAGCAGCAGGCGGCAAGUUGAAAGCAGACGAAUGGGUUAUACUUUUUCAGACGAUGAUCAUCCCAGCGCUUAUUUUGAUAUCCCACAACAAAAACACAGAUCCAUCCAAUAUCUUGACUCAAAAAGCUGUUGACAAUGCCUUCCACCUUAUCAGUGUUUUGAAUAUUGUGCGACAACUGGAGGUAACACAUGAUGAUGUUAGAUCAUUGCAAUAUCAUCUGAAAAGAUAUCGCCAGGGCCUAUCGCAAAUAUACGGGUCCUUCCCAGUGCUUCCUAAUCAGCACAUGGCUCUCCACAUGGCUCGCGUUAUAAAGAUGUUCGGCCCUGCGCCUCAGUGGACUGCAUGGAACUUUGAAAGACUGAAUGGCCUCUUGACACAGAUCCCGAAUAACAAUCAUCCCGGUGGGUUUGAAUUCUCCACUCUCCAUCAUCCAGAAAUCCUCAAAACUACCAAAUUAACUGACCACCCACGCCAUCCUUAA